AUUUUAGGUUAUAAUAUCGAUAAAAGCCACGGACUUUAAGUAAAAACUUCUUAAGGACACUCAUUAGUGUUUUAUCCGAGACAUGCGAAAACAAGAAUGCAAUUGACUAAAUUUAUGAGAAGAGAUGAAAUAUCUUCAAAAUCAUGUUCGCGUUGUUGUGAAGAUCAUUUAAAUGUAACUAUUGCUAUUUAUCGGAAGAACCCUCAACUAAUUAACAAAAGUAAUGAAAUUUUUAAUUGAAGAACCAUACAUAGGUAGUUUUCUUAAGGCCAAGGAAGACACAGAAAAUUAUGUACAAUCUAAGAUUAUGAAACAACAAGAUUAAAAAUAACACUAUGGUUAAAUAAGGGUUAUACCUCAUAUAUUCUAUUGGGGAAAUAUGCCACAGCCACUGAGAUAAGCAUUGAUGGGUGGUGCAGAUGUUAAAUGGCCAAAAGAUGCCGCCGAUCAGAAUUUCGAUUACAUGUUUAAAUUGUUGAUAAUAGGAAACAGUUCGGUCGGUAAAACGUCCUUUCUCUUUAGAUAUGCCGAUGAUAGUUUCACUUCAGCAUUCGUUAGCACAGUCGGCAUUGACUUCAAAGUCAAAACUGUUUUCAGACACGAUAAAAGAGUGAAGCUACAAAUAUGGGACACCGCUGGUCAAGAGCGAUACAGAACCAUAACGACAGCAUAUUAUAGGGGAGCUAUGGGUUUUAUCCUUAUGUAUGAUAUUACCAAUGAAGAAUCUUUCAAUAGUGUACAAGAUUGGGUAACUCAAAUCAAAACUUACUCUUGGGACAAUGCUCAAGUAAUUUUGGUUGGUAAUAAAUGCGACAUGGAAGACGAACGAGUGAUCAGUUUUGAACGAGGAAAACAACUAGCUGAACAACUUGGAGUCGAAUUUUUUGAAACCAGCGCAAAGGAAAAUAUAAAUGUCAAGGCAGUGUUUGAACGCCUGGUAGACAUAAUAUGCGAUAAGAUGUCGGACAGUUUAGAUACAGAUCCAAAUUUGAUGAGCAGUGGAACCAAAUCCACGCGCUUAACAGAUACUCCUCAUGGACCUCAAGCUGCCAAUUGUAACUGUUAAUAUAAUUAUAAUCUGAUUGAAUACUAUACUGUUGAAACUUUGACCAGGAUGUACUUAAACUAAUUUUUAUUUUUACUCUCAUUGAGACUGACAAUAUAAACAGGCGCAGUAAUUAUUAUGGCCAUUAGAUCGACCCUACAUUAUCAAUUAACAGUACUGACAAGAAAAUUGUAAUGCUAAACGGUUCUUACUAGUUAUUGAACAAAAUAAUUUAUUUGCUUAUAACUAUUAUUUCAUUAUUCCAUAUUCAGCAUUGUUGUUCAGUUAAAAAAUAGAAUUUGGGUUAUUCUGGUGGUCUUCAACUUUAUUUAGAUGCGUCUGUACUUAACUACUUGAAAACUUACCUUCUGGAAUCAAACUUUCUUUCGAUUCAAAUAACAAAUCAAUCUUAAAAAGUUGGUUUUUGGAAAUGGAGGUACGAAUUUUUGUUAGUUAGAACUAAUACUCACAAUUUCAUUUCAAUAUAAUUGAAUAUGACAAGAAAUUCAUUGAUAUAUGGCAAAGCUGUUCAAUAACAGAAACGAGUAAGGAAGAAUAAGACUAUUUAUUUAUAAAAACAUGUUUACAGGACCAAUGAAAAUUAUAUGGAACUAAUUAGACAAUAAUUUUAACUUAAUCUAAAUGGCUGAUUUAUUUUUCAACAGAUUUUCGUACCUUCACUGCGUAAACCGUUUUAUAGAUGCAUUCUCAGAAUUUUUAAUACUUAUUAACAUAAUAAAAACGAUGUCAAUACAAAGCAAAAUGUAGCAUAGAUUGGAAUAUAUAGAAAGAAAGAUGAACUAUUCUUAACAUUAUGCCGUCUAAAGCUAUUUAAACUAAUCACUACAGAAUAUUAACGAAUCACUAAAUACACUGCGCGUCAAUGAAAGCAGACCCCCCAAAAAUUUGCGAAAUUACCCAAAUUUUUUUUUAAAUAUAUCAUGUAUUUAUUCAUUAAUGCUUUUAGCAUGUUAUAUGGUGUUUAUACGGGUUAAAAUUGGAAAGUAAUCAACACUUUAGAAAGGCUUAUUGCCAACUCGAUACUGAAUAACAAUUCUGCUACGAGUGGGCGUAGAAAGCAAGACAUUCUGAAUGUUUGCUUGAGGAAAAUUGGUCCAUUUCUCAAUCAGCGCCAAUCGGAACUUUUCACGUGUUUAUAAAGCAGGUAUGCGACGUCUUAGAUGUCUUUUGAGCUGGUCACAAGUAUAUUCAAUAGGAUUGAGAUCGGGGCUUUGAGUGGGCCAGUCCAUUUUUGCAAUACCAACCUCUUCAAUAUUCGCCGUUACAAUUCUUGCCGUGUGCGGUCGAGCAUUAUCUCGCAUUAGCAGUAUACCAUUAAGAAUAAAUACGGCAUAUGAUAGUACAAUAUCUUCUAGGAUCUCUGCAAUAUAUCGUCGUGCUGUUAGUGUGUCUCUGUCAAUCACGACGAGUUCCAUGUGUGCCUCAAAAGAAAUACCUGCUCAAAAUAUUACUGAGCCACCCCCAUACGCAACCCGUGGUAACCGAGUACUGGCAGGAUACCGUUCUCCAGCUCUUCCGUAUUUCUGCCAGCGUUGCCAUACAGGAACAUUCUACACUCAUGAACAAUACCUUUUUCCAGUCGUCUACUAUCCAAUGCAUGCUUAUGUUCACGAGCAAAAUAAAAUCUGCGUCGUCUGUGAGUAACCAAGCUGGACUGCAAGCUGUCAAACCACUUUCUUUCAACCUUCGUCGAACAAUAGACUGCUAUUCCGAGAACUUGUUGAGGGCCGUUUUGGAGCAUUUUAGAGGUUUGCGUUCGGUCUCGCAAAGUAGUAAUCGUGAGACAACGAUCUAAUCGAGCUGUUGUUUUUUUUUUCACCCGUACGGGCCGGCAGUGGUGUCAUAAUAAAUGUAUAUGAAGUAGUCGAAAUUUUUAUUCGGUGUUUGACCAGUAACUAACAAUAAUUGCAUCGUUUCCUUGGUUCCUAGAAGUUUUUUCUCUUCUUUACUAGCCCAUUUCACUGAAUUAAUAAAUAAGCUAUUAUUAAAAAUUGAUAAUUUUGCAAAUAUUUGGGGUGGCCCGUUUUUGCUGACGCGCAGUUUAGUUGAUGAAAGAUGAGAAAAAAUGAGGUUUUGGUGUAAAUACGUGAUAAGGCCGUUUGAUUAAGAGAAUUGAAAGUUAUUGUUUAUAAUAAUGAUAGAAAACCAUCGCUUUUCUAUAAUAAAUAUGUACUGGUGGUACUUCUGGAAUAUUCGUAAUCUUCAGAUCAUUUUACGUAAGUUUGCCUCACUACUUUCUCCUCUAUAUUAUAAAAUAACUAGUGAUUGGUAAAGCUGACUCAAUAAAAUAUUUAUGAGCUUCCUAGAAUUCGAGAAACUUGGAAUCAUUUGAAGGGAUAUUCAAUUCUUAGCAAAUUUUUUAAUACCAGUUAUCGGUAUUGUAUUAUCGGUUUUGUUUUGGUAAUAUUCAAGUGAGAUACUCAAUUUUUUCGGCCAUUUACUUGAACUAGUACAAAAUGGUGAGAACCGUACUAUACAAGCGUAGAUUUGACAAAAAAUGGAUAUGUUAGGGAAUUGAGCUUUAUGAAUGAAUAUAUAACAAACAAUUGAAAAUUAUUUAAAAUAAUUUUUCUUAGGAUCUUUAUUUCCCUAAUUUUUCUAUCAAAAUCUGUAGUUCAUUUAUAUCACUUUACGUUCAUAUUGUGUUUUCUAUAAAAGUCAUAUCAGAAUAGUAGAAGUAUGCAAAAUUAACAAAUAUCAUGACAAGUACAUACUUGGACGUGAAUAAUUAUAUCAGCAGUAUAAAAUUUAUUCCUCUAUGAAUGAAUGAUUGAGAAACUCUCUAUCAACUUUGGAAAUUCCAAGAACAAGCUGAAAAAAUAACAGUUGAUAUUAUUGAUUUCUUAGUGAUGUGGUUUUUUGUCAUAUGCCCCCUUAUACAAAUUUUUCUUUGGAUUUUACACUUAACAGGUAAAUAUCCAUUUCCUAUUAUUUCAAGUUGAUUGAGUGUCUCCUAGACUGGCGCUACUAUAGGCUUAAAUGAAAAACGAGCAGAGCUAAUCAAUGUUUCUAAAUAUUUUCUCAUUAUUAUUCACCCAUGAAUAGUUGCAGUGAAAAGUUCUUUUACUACGAUCCAUCACGUGUGGAACUUAUUUUGACAUCAAAUACAGUAAUUAAAUUCUAUGUCUCUGGAAUUAGUCAUCAUUAAGAGUUUUUCACGAGAUAGCACAUAUUUCUGGCAACUUUUGUGGAUUAUGGACAACGAAUAUUUAUCAAGACGCAUACGUUUGUUACCUCUUAGCUCGAUUUAAGACGAGAAAGUACAAAUAGUGGAAGUAUUUUGUGCAAAAAUCUAGAGUUUUUCAUGUCAAAAAAUGUUCAAGUACGUUCAAUUCAAGAUAGUAUUAGUAGUUUCAGAAUGCCAAGACUAUCGAUUCAGUUCCGAUUACUGGACGAUUAAGGAAUAUCCUUAACUUUUGAAUGUAAAGAUAUUUAUUUAUGUAUCGCCUACAACAUAUUUUGUAUCCAAAACCUUCGCAAUUGAAAAUAUUUACGGAAUAUAUUUCACAAAUGUACAAUAUGUUUGCCAUUUCAGUUUAUUUAUUCAAAGUUGUAUCCUGUGUGUGUUUUUUUUUUAAAUAGUAGACGAUGAAUCAACUAAGAAAAUUACUAACGAAUUUUGUAAAUGUUGCGAUUUAUAGUUAGCAAAUUAUUAAGCCUACAUUGAAUAUUUUAUAAAAAAAAUUUUCGAAAUUCUCUUGCUACUAGUAGUAUAUAGGGUUGUUUGAAAACAAAAAAGCAUUGUUUGUGGUGAAUUAGAGAGAAGUUAUGUCCGAAAUUUUAUUUGAUCAGAACAAAAUAUUUUCAACCCCAGAGAUUUUGAUUAUAGUGACAGAUGGAGCUACUUCUAAUUGUAAAAGAUGUAGAGGUUGAGUUGUGUUUUAUUUUUUCUUCAAAUUAUUCUACAUCGAUGAUAAUUGGUAAUGAAUUAUUAUUUGAAGUUUCCUUUUCUAUAUUAUGAGCUUUAUUCGACUGGAGUUCCGAAAAAGGGAACACACCGAUUGAGUACAAAGUUUUACCACAUAUUACAUGAUGGUACCUAAAAGGAUUUUCAGAGCUUCGUCAGGAAAGGGUAUGAACCUAACCACGUAUUUCCAGCAACUGAUAUUUUGUGCUUAUAUUUAGAUUUUUUGUGACAUAAAAACACCUCUUCAUCCAGCACCGUCAUAUUCUUUCUAUGCUUAUUGGAGUAUCUUUCUUUGGGUAAAAAUCCGAUUUUCUCAGACCGAAGUAAAGUACUUUCACGAUUUUUGAACUUCUUUCCUAAUGAAAAUUAUAUCUAUGUUGUUUCUUAUGCUACCAUCAUGUGUUCCAAUGUCAAAAAUCAACAAUUUUUUUCAUAAUUGUAAUUCACAAUUGUAGCUAUUAUGAAUAACUAAUUUUUCAUGACGAAAAGGAUACUAGUAGGGGUAGGACAAACAAAGAAAUGAGAGAGGGUUGAUAAUCAAUUUCAAUACCAAUCCAUACUUUUCGUGGGUUCAAAACAAAAACGAUUUUUUCACCCCAUUCUCUGACGAGACACCAAAAAUCCUUUAAGAUACAAUCAUCAAGGGUGCGAUAGAGUAUUCGGUGAGAAUGUGAAGUUGUUAUUGUGUGUUCUAAUAUGACGUUUUUAUAUAGAAUUUAUUGAUAUUUUAUUAGAUUAAUUUAGCAAUAUCAAUAAAAUUAACAAAAUAGCUUUUCUUUUUUUUGUUUAUCGCAUCCAGAAUAAUGUGAAAUAGGUUUUUUAAACAAAAUUCAACUCCUCCAAAAAUGUAUGAAAUUUAUUAUCAAAAGCUUCUCUUUCAGAAAUAAAUUUAAAUCAUCUUAAAUAUAUUACUAUAGAAACAACUUUUCCCAAGCAAAUUUUUCAUAAUGAGUUAAUUUGUAAUAAGAGUAUGUCAUCAAACCUGAAAUGUUGAUUGUUUAUUAAAAAUUCCGAAUUAACUUAACUUAUUUAUGAUUGAAAUUCAAUCAAUUCAACUUUGAUGAGAGAUCAUUUAUAUUCGGAUGGUUCACGACAAUUAAUUAUUCUAACCGAAUUGACAUCGACUGGGAAUCUAAACCUCAACUAAUAAUACAACAUCCUUCACGAAAUAGUGAUGAAUUUGAAUAUCAUUUAUUCAUAAUAUUCCCCAAUGGUGCAUACUUUGGGGAAUUUAUUAGUUGUAGCCUACAGUACGCGCAUAACUUUCUCUGGGCCAUAAAUUAGUUAUACUCAAUCAAUUUUCGGAAAUAAGUAUUUAUUCAAAUGAAAAAUAUAUAAGAAUACAAAAACGAAUCGAAACUUUCGAUUUCCAAACUAUAUUAUAUUAAUUGAUGUCUGUAGGUUGAUUGCUGAUUCUUUGUCGCUGUUGCCUACAAUCAGAUUAGAUGUGUCAUCUCCAAAUGUCGCAAUAGUGUUGUUUUCUCAUUGGGGGAUGCCCUUGUGUAUAAGAGAUGAAGUAACGGCCAAAGAGUUACUACCUUCGGAUUAAUUCUUUCUAUUCUAUUCUAUUCUAUAUGUAAAAGUUCUCAUUUAAUUUUAGUUCCAUACAUCUCGAUAUUUAGUAAGUGUUAUAAUUUUUCGUUUGCUGUUGCAAUAAAUAAUUAGCACUAAAGUUCGAGAGGAAAGAACGUGUUUUUGAGACAAUAGUUUUCCAUUUUCUCACAAUUCCGACAUAUUUUGCUGGAUGAUGCUAUUUUAUAAUUUCACGCCUUUACAAAAAAAAAUGAGCGUCGUAAUAAUUGUUUAUAUUAAAACAUAAAACUCCUCUAACAAAUUUUUUCUAAAAAAAUUUAAUUUCUCAGAAAUUAUUAGACUCACAAAAAAUUAGAACUUAUUUCGAUCGCAAGCAACUUAAAUACUGGUAGCUCUUCGUAAGUUUACAUAUCUUGCAGAAUUAAAAACGAAAAAAAGGAUUGUUGUAUUUUGAGGUUAUGAAAAAUAAUUGGGAAUAGAAUUUUCAAGUAUCUACGUAACUUUUUGCAUAUAACUAAUAUUUAUGACUGUAAUCAUUCUGAUGAUUUUCAUACUCUCUCAACUUCAAAUAAUUUACAACUCAACUACUAUAUUUGUUAAUUUUGGAAAACUUAGAAAAAUGUCUUUUCAACUAAUUCAUACGUACGACACUUCACAAUGGAGUAGCCCCUCUAUACGUUACUAUAUAUAAAUUAAUAUCAAUGAUAUUUCCUAUUUCGGACAACAACGACUCGUACUAAUUAUUUUAAUUGAUAUUUCAGGAAUGUGGACAUAAUCACAGGUAAUAGUGCCACAGUUCAGCAAACUUACCUGCAUAUUGAAUUAAAAUGUUCCACUUUCUUAACAAAACACUUUUUGUUUCAUAUUAAUCAAUCAAUCUGCAGAGGUAUGCUAUUUUUAAUCAUGUCUGAAUUUUAUGGUCAACGUACACAUAUCGCAGGCCUAAGAGGCACCAUUAUUUGUCAAUGUGUUGUAUAUUAAUUAGAGAAAAGAAAAAAAAAUGACGACUAGCAAAGGUUGGAUACAGAAAACAAAUGCGACGUAGUAACAAUAGUGUACCCAAAAAUAACAGUUUCUGUGUAAAAUUGUAAAUAAAUAGGUCUUUAUGUAAUUAAAAAUAGUAUAUUGUACAACCAGUGAGAAAAAUAGAGUAUUUCUUACAAAAGCAGCCGCAGGUGUUUAUGUAACAAGUUUUAUAAAUCGAGUUUCCUCACGUGUUGUACAUUACAAUUACUUUCCCGAUGAAGUCCCCGACUAAAUACUACUGCGAAAUGCAUAACAUUAAUGCUGAUUAAAAAAACACCUAAGUCGUAAAGUCGUCGGAGAAAAGAUUUAUUGUUUGAGUAACUUCCUACAGCGUUGCCAAGUUUGUUUAUUAGAAAGAUAUGAUUGUUGUGUAAGAGUAGAAGAUUGGAUAAUCCAAACAGUUCGGCAACGCUGCCAAUAUCAUUAAUUGUUGCAAAUUAUGUGUUUGUACUUAGACAAUUAUUUUUUUAUGGAAUGUUAAUUAGUUGUAACUUUAAAGUUAUUUUUGCUUGCCAACAAUGAACUGGACACAAGAUUAAAAUAAGGAACAGAUGUACAUGUAAUCAUUAUCUAUUCUUAUCUCAAAAAUAUAAACAUGUAAUUUUCACUGAAGGUUCUAAGUUGUAUGAGAAGUUAUUUACUAACUAAUUGUGAAAUGGUAUAUUACAUUACAAGGGCAUCGUCUCGGAUAUCAUGAUGCGCAGGGUCGAAAAUUCAACUUUCAUCCCUUGUAGUGUAUACGAUUUUUCUUCAUACCUCAUUUGAAGGUACGUACUUUUUACCCUUGUAGAGUAACUUUCGACCUAAGUAUGAAGAAAACGUUUAUUUCGACGUCUUUGUAGAAAUUUAUUUGAUCACAGAAACGAAUAACUUAAAAUAGUAUAUUGUAUAUAACAAGUGUGCAAUCGAAUUUUCAACACGUGUUUUACACGAUAUUUUUCAGACAACCACAGAAAAAACGAAGUUAUAUUUAUUUUUUUAAUUAGUUUGUGGUAAAGUUACUAUUAGCCCUGUCAAAUUAGAUAAAAAAAUAAAA